GCAGUUUGACUUUACUUGGGGCGUAUAAUUUGUCAGUCGGAUUCCGAACACCGACUGGAACGAUGAAAUUGUUUAUCGUCAAAAGGGAUCAAAUUCCAUGAUUACGCCGUGUACUGUUCGCCCAGAUAACGAUACUAACUAGGGAAAUGGGUGGUAAUUAAACCAUGCUAGACCACCAUUUGGUCGUUUCCUAUGCUGAAUAUUCUGACGUCUAUUAUCGGAUUUUACCGGUGGAGCUAAUUGGGCUUGGUGUACCCAUUCCUACCGUGAGAUUGGUAGAAUAGGGAUAUUGUUGCGCCAGAUUUCAUCUGAAAAUCGGAGAGAGGAAAAAACACAAGAUGCUAUUUAUGCAUGUUUUAGUCUUGAAUGAGUGAGUGCCUCUACAAGUAGACAACUUCAUUUGCCAAAUCAAUACCCAAUGGCAUGUCGGGGGGUUUAAGGAGAGAGAAAUUUCUUAUUGUGAUACAACGUUGAAAGAAAAAGUUUGGUCAUAAAUCAGGGAGUCAUGAGGAUUACACGAGGUGCUGAGAUACCUGUCAAUAUAAUCGGAUAACGUUGUUUAUCUGGGGCUAUUGUCACUGAUGUUUCGCGUCUCGGUUUGAUGGAAACGCCGCAUCACAAAUUGUUGUUGUAAUAAAGAACGAGGAUUUCUGAAUGGAAUUUUUACUCUGAUAACGGAUUGAUAAAGUCAGAAAGUAAAAGAAGAAACACAGACCAUUACCGAGCCUGGACAUUUCAAUAAAAUGUGAAUAUGUUUGCCAAUCAAGAUCAGCGGGAACAGACGGACAUUGUCGCCAUGGACUUCCUCAGACAGCGGCCCAAAUCGGCGACGAUGAGGCUUAGAAAUAUAGACACCUCCUUAAGUGACCAUAAACUCAUUCUCCCAACAGUUGAAUCAGCGGUCACUCAGUUUAUUCAACUGAGCAAACGCAACAGAAGCGCAGGAAAUCGAACACUCGCCGUUUCAUUGCCAGACCCCGAAUCUCAUUGUGAACAAUCUUCGGUGGAAAAUAUAGGAGUGCGCAUGCGCUACACUCAUGGUAUACCCUGUGAUGCUGAUCUCAUGAGUAAAGAAAGGCACAAGACGAUGGCGUUACUCUACCAUGAGUUAGCGAUGGAUUCUGUUGACGUUGUGUUCGAUGCGAAUAAUCCCGACUCUCGCCGAAGUUGUUCACCGAAGAAAAUUGUUGUUGGAAGUCCGACUUUGCAAGGUAUGCAAGCCCAGAUUCAGUCGUUGACAGAGAGUUUUGCCCAUCGAUGCAGAAUACCUAAAAGCAGAUCGCUACCCGAGUCAACUUACUUCCGUUCUAUUCAAACAAUGACGUCACCCGACGUUCAGCAAUUACAAUCUGUACAAGAUACACCCACAGAUGAUAAAUUGAAAGACGAUAUAGAUAUGUUUGAUAACCUGCCCCCAGUUGUGACACCACCAUUAAAUGGGAAUGACACGCUUACGUUUAAAGACAAUAGAAAUGAUCGCCGGCAGGCAUGUAAGAAAAAGACGCACAAGAGCAAACAAAGUAAGAAAAACAAGAAGAAAGAGACCGAAGAUCACCACGACUGGGUCAUUACGGAUGGAAUCAUCAAUCCGGACAUCCACAGAGACGCGUACAUCCGGGCUUUACAAGACGCGAGAUCAAAGUAUUUUCGAAAAGCUUCGCCAAAUUCUUACGUUACCGAACCAUAUAAAUUUUCAUACUUUGAUGUCACCAAUAAAAACGAAAGAGGGAAACAACCAAAAGAGAGGGACUUCAGAAAUUUUGUGGGUAUGCGACGAAUAUUUGGAGAUAUCCGAUUGGACGAUUAUUAUUCUCACAGAUAUACAGGGAAAUACAUUACCAAGAAACCGGAAGUGAGGACCUUAUUGAAGGACAAUGUGCGCUAACUUGUUAGGGCUGUGUACAUGGAUUUAAGUAAUAUAAAUUUUUUAGCUCACCUGAGUGAAAGCUCAAGUGAGCUUUUCUGAUUACCUGUUGUCCGUCGUCUGUCCGUAAUAUUUUAACAUUUUUGACUUAUUCUCAAGAACCAAUGUUUCAAUUUGAACCAAACUUGGCAAAAAGCACCCUUAGGUGAAGAGCUUUCACGUUUGUUCAAAUGAGGGGUUAUGUUUUCUUCAAAGGGGAGAUAACAACAAAAAUAAAAAAAAACUAGGGUGGGGUCAUUUAAAGAUCUUCUCAAGAACCACUGGGCUAGAAGAGCUGAAAUUUACACGAAAGCUUCCUGAUAUAGUGCAGAUUCAAGUUUGUUAAAAUCAUGACCUCCGGGGAUAGGAUGGGACCACAAUAGGGGAUCAAAGUUUUACAUGUGAAUAUAAAGGGAAAAUCUUCUCAAGAACCACUGGGCUAGGAAAGUGCAAAUUUAUAUUAAAGCUUCCUGACAUAGUGCAAAUUCAAGUUUGUCAAAAUCAUGACCCCCAGGGAUAUAAUGGGGCCACAAUAGGGGAUCACAGUUUUACAAACAAAUUUAUAGGGAGAGUCUUUAAAGAUCAAGUGGACCAGGAAAGUAGAUAUUUACAUGAAAACUUCCCGACAUAAUGCAAAUUCAAGUUUGAUAAAGUCAUGGGGGCAGGUUGGAGCACAAUAGAGGAUCAAAAAUUUUCAUACAAAUAUAUAGAGGAAAUCAUUAAAAAUCUUAUGAAGAAUCACUGGACCAGAAAACUUUACAUUUACAUGAAAGCUUCCUGUCAUAGUGUAGAUUCAAGUUUGUUAAAAUCAUGGUUCCAUGGGGGUAGGAUGGGGUCACAAUAUGGGAUCAAAGUUUUUCAUACAAAUCUUUAAAAAAUCUUCUUCUCAAGAACCAUUGGGCCAAAGAAGUUUACAUUUACAUGAAAGGAUCCUGACAUAAAGUAGAUUCAAGUUUGUAAAAAUCAUGGCCCCGGGGGUUGGUUGGUUGGGGGCCACAAUUGGGAUGAAAGUUUUACACGCGAAUUUAAAGGGAAAAUCUUUAUAUAUAGGACAAGGUGACUCAGGUGAGCGAUGUGGCCCAUGGGCCUCUUGUGUAGAUAAGCACGAUGUUUCUGAUACCAUCUUGUAGUAUGAUCUAGUAGUGACUAAGGAACACUGUAGGUGAACGUAGUUAUCAUAAGUUGCAUUCUCUAAUGGAAUUAUACUGGCAGAGCAAACCUGAACAACUACCCAAACCUUAA